AUGCUUCCGUUACACACCAUCAUCUUUUCAUUCUUUGCUGCGACAACUUGGGCUGCAUGCAACGGCCAUGAUAAGCUGUGCAGUCGCAAGUACUCAGAAAUCACAUUCAUUGGAACUCACAACAGUGCAUUUGUUGGCAAAGGGCCGUCUCACAAUCAGUAUGUCUCUGUAACAGAACAGCUUGACCUCGGCGUACGAUUCCUGCAAGCUCAGACGCAAGACAAGAAUGGCGACAUACAAAUGUGUCAUACCUCAUGCUUGUUACUGGACGCCGGUCCCCUAGAAGACUACCUGGCAGAGAUAUCAAGCUGGAUGGUUAAGCAUCCGGACGAAGUGGUGACUUUGCUUUUGACGAACCGCGAUGCUAUAGCUAUCGAGAAGUUCGACAAUGCGUUCAACAGCACAGGACUCAAGCCGUUUGUGUUUCGACCGGAGAAGAAACUGGCUCUGAACGAGUGGCCGACUCUCCAGGAGCUCCUUGAUAAUGGAACUCGUCUCCUUGUAUUCAUGGACUUUAACAUGGACGAGAGCAAGGUUGACUACAUCCUCAACGAGUUCGACUACUACUGGGAAACACCUUUUGGCGUAACCGACCCAUCGUUCCCUACCUGCGAAGUUGAUCGACCAGAGAAUGGAAAACCUGCCGAGCUAAUGGGGAUGAUGAAUCAUAUGCUGAACGACAAGGUGCUCGAUAUUGUCAUUCCGAAUCAGCGGGAUGCUAAGAAGACAAAUUCUGCCGAGUCUAUUCAGGGUCAAGUUUCUCUUUGCGAAGGCAAGUGGAGUAAGACGCCGAACGUUAUACUUUUGGACUGGGUCAAUGUUGGAGAUGCUAUGGAGGUUCAACUCACUUUGAACGGACUGUGA